UCAGCAGAUUAGUUCACUAGUUCAGUCACCCCGCAAUUCAGUCAACGGAGCUAUUCGGCGAAUGGCGGUGUGGCGGGCGGCGGCUCGGCUGCUGGCGGUGGUCAGCGCCCUGACGCGGCCCUCGGUGGUGGGGGGCGUGGGACUGUCCUUCACAGUCCAGCUGUCGCACGAAAGUUUCGAUGGGGAUCAGGAGAUGAUGUGGGCCGGCUCGCCUGUUGCCUGUGCGGGACAGUGUCGCCUGAACCCCGAAUGUGGGGCUUUCGCUUUCAAAGCAAAUGAGGUCCCGAACUGCGUGCUGUUCGUGCGGCAGACGAAAAACUCGCCGGGCCUCCCGGGCCUCUACUACAGGGGCAUGUCCCUGUCCGGCGGCGACUACCUCUUCCGUCUGUCUCCUCCUGCAAACGACGUGCCCGACCAGUUACUGGCUAAAUGCCAGGCCAUAGGACUGCGUCUGGUGCAAGUGCCGACAGUCCUGAAGGACUUGGUGGCGGUUCAGAGCCAAGGCAAGUUCUGCUACGACCUCAAGAGGACUUCAGAGACGGCCCCUUUCACCACCAUGACUGGGGGACCCGUCAACGCCUCGCUGAUGGUGAUAAAGGAUACUUCGAACACAGACAUGACACCGCAGUGCAUCGCGAGUCACUACAAUUGGCUUUUUAGGAUGCAUUGCCCUGACUGGGGCGUCAAAUCUGACGCCACUGUCUGCCAGUACAAUUAAGCCAUGAAAUCUCUAAGCACUUGUUUCAUGUUCUGAAACAUGGCACGACUACAUGCAAGUGAAUUAUACCACAGUUUUCUAUCACUCAUGUAUUUAUGUUAGCUGGUAUGUUGAUUCCAUGAAAAUAUUCAUGAGAUUCAGGAGCAACCUAUUAUCUCUAAGCACAAAUUCUCAAUAUUAGAAUUUCGAUCACAAGCACAAAGGUUAAAUGCCGGACCAGGAUUUUGGACUCAGCUACUUCUUUUUACCUACGAAAAUCAGAACACGAUAAAUUUGGUUGAGCCCCAUCAGACCAGAUCAAACCCCGUCACACUCCGUCACUCUUGAUCACACCCCAUCACACUCCUGCUAAAUCUUUUCUUCACACCAUGCCACACCUUGUAACACCCUAUUACACCCCGGCCGUCACAACCCCGUCACAUUUCAUCGCAUCCGCGUCUUGGCGAGAGCGCAGGAAAAAAACGUUUCGGCCGUAAAAUUUCACAGUAUUUAGCCGGAUAUUUAACGCUGUUCUGAUCAAAUUUUUACAGCGGGUUUCGAAGGUAUUGAAAAUAUUUGCUGGUUCUUGAAUGAAAAAAAUCACUUGAGACUCUCAUGAAGUACAGUAUCUGAGGAGAAUAUAGCGCUAACAUAGUUCCUAUAUAUUGCCAUCUUUAUUUUAUUUGACGCACAGUUUGGAUGACACAGUGCACAAAAUACUCAGCAUAUCUGUUUACAAUG